GUUUCUCUGCGUUUAAUACUCGAUUUCUAAGCACAUUGUGAAACACGCAGAUAAGCGAAGCAAAGGCAAAAGUCUUGUCCCCCUGGCCCUGGAGAGCAGGACUGCCUCGCAACCCUUUUAAGUUCAACAGUAUCGUCGCCUGGGACACAAACCUAAUCGUGUCUGGGGCAGCUUCCUGGCGACUGGCGACAGCCCCGUUUGACAGCUCUAUUCGCAGCGGCCAAGCGCAAGCUAGCGGUCGCGGCGAGCUAGGGGCGCCGUUGGAGAGGCGCCCCAUGACGUUAAAAAGGACGCGCUUCGGUUUCUCGGCGUGAGCUGUGCUGGUGCGCAACACGGUCGUGUUGGCGAAGACCCUUACGCGCUGCGCUCUCCCCCAGGAAGGGGCGUCUCGCGGCUCACCGCGGGAGCUGCCAUGGUGCAGCUAGACCAAGUCAUUGUGAAUGGGAUAGACUGGGGGAUCAUUGGCGUGGCGGGCGUGCUGGUGCUCGUGAGUACCGUGGGCGCGUUCCUGUCCUUCCGCUACUCCUCCUCCAAGCGCCGGCCCGUCGCGCGCGAGUUCAACUACCUCUGGCGCGCGCGCGCCUUCACAGAGGUGCUGGCGGUCGGCUACGCUGCCUCACACCUCCUGCGCCUCCAGCUGCUGUGGGGACCAGCCUCCAUAAUCGUGGAUGGCGGGCUGCACCCCACCACGCUGUGUCGCGUCUACAUAGCCGCCACCUACGGCAUCUUCGAGCCCGGGUUCCUGCUGCUGGCGCUCUUCGCCUGCCUCUACUCUGUGCAGGGCCGCGACUCGGCUAAGAACCCCAACUUCAACAUCGUGCUCUUCGCCGCCGGCUUCUCGCUGCCCAGCCUGGCGGCGCAGCUGGUGGCCGCGCUCUUCACGCGCAUCUUUGAGCUGGAUUACGACGGCAACCACAUGCUCGGCAUCCUGUUCUCCGCCUACAACGACCAACUGCCACAACACUGCGGCCUGACGGGGCCGGGCGGCGCGCCGCCGCUGCCGGACAGCCCCGUCGCGGCGCCGUCGGACUGCGCGUUCUGCGUCUUCCCACUGCUGUCCACAUUCAUCUCCGCCGCCUUCUGCGGCGUCUACCUGCUGGGCUUCCUGGCGGUGACGCAGCGCAUCAUCGGGUCCGUCAUCAACAAGGCGCUGGCGCGGCGCGUGCGCGUGCUGCAGGCGCUCACGGUCAGCUGGAUCGUGGUCAGCCUGGCGUGCCGCGGCUGCACGGUGCUGUUUGAGCCCUUCGGGCUGGGGUUCGAGAUCCUGCGGGUGGCGCACAUGCUGGCGGUGGUGGCGCUGGUGGUGACGCUGGAGUGGUUCCUGGUGCUGAAACCAGUGUGGGACACGCACGAGGCGGAGCGCACGCUCAAGCGGCUGGAGAAGAACGGCACCGGCCUGCCCAUGCCGCUGCUUGGACUGCCCAACCCCUUGUAUCCCCCGACGGAGAUGCACUCCCUACAAGUGGAGUCCACGGAAUCGGCGGCGCGGAAGUCAGCCCCAGAUGCGGAGUGUGCAUAGCCAGAUGUGCGCCCCGAUUAUGUGCGCCCUCCGACGGCACAAAUCGCAGCAAACAUGGGUUUAGAACGGUAGUAUGGUGUGGUGACUGGGACCUUGCAGUACCGGUUUCCCAAACGAAUGAGGUGUAAACUAGCAAGACGUGAAAUGCAUGGGAUAUUUCAUGGUAUUCCUUUUGUUUGAUCACAGUGAUCCUGGAUCACGCACAUAGUGACAUCGGCACGCAACCAUCGGCACUGCCUGUGAUUCCGGUGUAUGAGAGCGGGGCCGCUGUCGGCAGCAACCGUGAAAGCAGUGGUACGAGGUGAGCAGGUGGCGGGAGAUAGUGUGGAUGGGUGCCGGAAUCAUUGACAGCCCGGAGCAUCGCUAUUUGAGGUACCUGCGUAGUAUGCGAUAUGGCAAUCCGGCAUGCGUAUGCGCCACUGCGUACAAGAUGGCUGCAUGCGGAAUCUGAAACAAGCGCUGCCAGCAGCUGGCCAUCGGGCGCAUCCAUGACAUUGGUAACUGUGUUUGAUCGGCGGUCAUAGCCCUACUGGCUAGCGGGUGACAUGCAUUCGCAAGGUUCGGGAACCCAGUAUGCACAGAAGGCAAUCCGGAGGCGCGUUAGCUGCGCGGCGGUCCCUUACUUAGCGAAUGUGGAGAGUAGGGCCAGUGGCAAUGUCGGCUACAAGUGUAAGGGUUGAGUGAGACCCGCACAGGCUUGCAUUUGUGCAGCUCUUAUAUGUUUGCAUCUGGUUUACUGCAGUGCACAUAGGAACUUGCAUAGGGAGCCUGGGAGCAGCAAGGCGCGCAGGUGGCAUGGCCGCGAAUUGGGGCAUGGAAGGCACAGGAAAGCAGGGCAUCCAGCGCUGUGUGUCGCCUCGUUGCCUGCGCUCCAGUGACUUAGACACUCUGGUGGUGACAAACCCCAGGGCGGAGCGGCAAGAAACGGGCCCCAAUGCAGGUCCUCGGGCGAGAUUGGGCAUUUCCAGGGUCACAGUGUCACAUUCUCGCCGCGUGGGGUUGCAUACGGUCCCCGAAUCUCGCAAACUACCCCUUCCCGGGGGGGGGCGGGGCGGAGGCCCCCCAAACGCUAAAAGUGAGCAUUGUGUGGCCCUGGAUGCCGUGGGCUCGUGAUGGAACAUGGCAAGGGGCAGGAAAGCGUAGUCCCGAUGUGUGUGGCUCCCACCCGUGCCCACAUAAAUGCGUAGCAAGAAGGGACAAGGCAUUGGUGCGUCGUUCGCGCGCUGUUACUGUACCGACGGUAGCUGGCAGGUUGUGGCGAUGUUUUGCUGACGCGCAUUCCUCACGCUCCGGGCGCCCGGCCAAGGCGAUAGCACCACACAGACUCAAUGCGACGCCUGGAUGCCGUGGGCGAGAACGUGGUUAGGGCCCUUCUCGUGCCAGCGGCGGCGGCCUAACCCCGGAAGAUGCAAGCCCUGCUUGGCUUGCGCCAAUGUGCCCAACGUU